AUGGACUUAAAGAUUAAAAGAAUUCUGUUGUCUCACUUAACUCACUUUAUUAUCCAGCCUUUCACGAUUCAUUUUAUAGGUACCAAAUAUCCCAUUUAUCCAAUGCAAAAGAAGAAGAUACGAGUCCUUCAACUUUCUGACAUUCAUUUCGACUUCAGUUACACUCCUGGAUCGCUGGCAAACUGUAAAGAACCACUGUGUUGUCAAAAACCAAUUCGUUUCAACGAUUCAUCGCAAAUACCUGCGGGAUAUUGGGGAUCACCUUUUUCAUGCGACAUACCAUAUUGGACCGUCAAAGAGAUGUUUAAUCAUAUCAGGCGAACUGAAAAUGACAAUUUUGAUUAUGUGCUUUUUGCUGGAGAUCUUAUGCGCCACCAAGAUUGGACAUAUACGAAACAGGGUCAUUUAGCUUUGAUUGAAAAUUUUACCGCAUUGUUAAUAGAAUAUUUUCCGAACACUCCAGUUCUUUGGACCAUAGGGAACCAUGAAGGUGUUCCUAUCAAUAAAGGAUCGUAUUCCGUGCAAUUAUCCGACGGACUGCGAUUCAUUUCCCUCAACAAUGGUUAUUGUGAGACCACUAAUUUUUGGAUGUAUCUAAACCAAACAGAUCCUGAUGGAGCUUUGUCAUGGUUAGUACAGGAAUUGCUGCGAGCCGAGAAGGAUCAAAAUUACGUGUAUAUUCUCGGGCACAUACCACCUGGUAACGCGGAUUGUCUGGAAAGCUGGACGAGAAAUUAUUAUAAAAUCAUUAAUAGAUUCUCAAACACUAUAAAAGCACAAUUUUUUGGACACGUGCAUGUGGACAUUUUUACAGUUUUCUACGAAAAUAUGGAUGAUUCCACAUCGAAGCCUACUGCUGUAUUAUAUUCCGCACCGAGUGUUACCACAUUCAAAGAUUUGAAUCCAGCGUAUCGCAUUUACGAAAUUGAAAAUGGCUCACAAUAUUUUUAUUUCUUUUUAUCCAUUUAUAGAGAGCGAAUGGUGCAUAACUCCAUUUUCCGGCAUCAGUACAAUGAAAAAUGA